AAAUGACAUGGAGAUCGCACUGCUAGACAUGUCCAUUGUUCGGCACGACUGGCCCAGAAAAAGUGGAAGGGUGGCUAUGUACUUUCGCAGUGAGCUCCAAUGUGAGCCCAUAGAGAAUUCGGUCAGCACGGUACAAGAUUCCCUUUGGCGCCGUCUAAGUUUAAAAGCGACGACACCUGCUUGGUGGCGGUCAUUUACCGCCCUCCUUCCUCCACGCCCGAGAUGGAUUUCCAUCCGGGUGAUAAACACAACUUACAGUCGCAUUCUCAUUACUGAUGAUUUCAACACACGCUCUGGAAUCCCAAGCAGCUCACGGAAAACAGUUUAGGGCGGAUCUACAAGAGCUUGUCUCAA